GCCUGGGAAAACUAAAGCAAGUAACGAUUAAAAGCAGUUCCCUGCACAAUGUCGAUUGUGCUGAGACAGAUGUACCAGCUAGGACUUACGCUGUACAAAUUCCGACCACUUCUCAUGCGACCAACACUGGAGAGCCGGGUAGGACCUGCAGCUGUGUUCCUGGAUAAUUGCAAGCAGUGUGGGGCCCUACACAUAUCCCUGAGACGACCACUUGCUACUAAGAAGACCAAAGUGAAAUCUAAAGGACAGCCAGGACCUCGAGUGAACAUCAAUGCUGCUUUAGUGGAGGACGUUAUUAACCUCAAUGAAUUAAAACAAGGAAUGCUGGAAAUCAUUGAGAAUCUCAAAAAUGAUUAUGGGAAGAAUCUAAAUAUAAGAACCUCACCAGGUGCUUUGGAUCAUAUAACAGUUACUACUGAUAAUGGAAAAUUUCCAUUGAAUCAUCUGGGACAAAUCUCCCUGAAGUCACCUCAACUCAUCUUGGUAAAUAUGACAAGUUUCCCUGAGGCGACAAUGGCUGCCACCAAGGCCAUAAGAGAAAGUGGAAUGAACCUGAACCCAGAAGUGGAUGGGACUCUGAUCAGGGUGCCAAUUCCUAAAGUGACCAGAGAGCACAGGGAAAAUCUAGCCAAACUAGCCAAACAGUUUACAAACAAGUCAAAAGAAUCACUCCGAAAAAUGCGAACUAAUGCCAUUGCCCAAGUGAAGAAAUCAAAGAACUCUGUCUCUGAAGAUACAAUCAGGCUACUAGAAAAGCAGAUUCAACAGAUGGCAGACGAUGUUGUUGCUGACAUGGACAAGCAUCUGAUGGCAAAAACCAAAGAGCUGUUAGGAUGAGCAAGGUGGGAAGUAUGUAAAUGGGCUGGACAUUAAUAAAGCUAUUCCCCUCACCCACCCCUCCUUCCCUAAGAUUGAUUUCUCCUGCGAGAUACAGAUUUAGAAAGGAUAAAGAACUUUUGAAGUGCAGUAACUGUUGUAAUUUAGGAACAUGGCAGCCAAUUUUAUGUACAGCAAGUUCCUACAAACAGCAAUGAAAUAAAUAUCCAAUCAUCUGUUUUUGGUGUUAUUUAGGUAAUAAAUUUUGUACACUGGAAGCA